AUGGUGUCCAAACCCGUGCACGGGCUGCCUUUACUGCCGGGCUACUCCUUCAGCGACUGCACGAAAACUAACUUUCACCGAAGCCAGACAUUGGGUUACAGGAAUGGCUUUGCCUACUCUCGACUUCCAACAGCGGCGAUCGGCGGAGAUCGUCUCCAUCUGAACCAGCUGUCUCAAGCUGAUCUGGAUGAGCUGGCCAAUAAGAGACCUACACUGACCUAUGAAGAAGCCAAGCAGGCCCCACCUUCUGACUUUAUUCCUGCACAUGUGGCCUUUGACAAAAAGGUGUUGAAAUUUGAUGCCUAUUUCCAAGAGGAGGUCCCUCUGUCUACUGAUGAGCGUUAUAGGAUCCGAAAGGUGGCCAUCUAUUAUUACCUGGAGGAUGACAGCAUGUCAGUCAUGGAGCCUAUUGUGGAAAACUCUGGAAUUCCUCAGGGCAAAUUCAUCAAGCGUCAGAGACUGCCCAAGAAUGACCGUGGGGACCAUUACCACUGGAAAGACCUGAAUCGGGGUAUCAACUUCACAGUUUAUGGGAAGACCUUCCGUAUUGUUGACUGUGACCCUUUUACAAAGGAGUUUUUAGAGAGUCAAGGAAUUGAACUGAAUCCACCGGAGAAAAUGGCUUUGGACCCUUACACCGAACUCCGGAAAAAACCUCUCCGCAUGUAUGUCACUCCAUCAGACUUUGACCAAUUUAAACAAUUUCUGACUUUUGAUAAAAAGGUCCUCCGAUUCUAUUCAAUUUGGGAUGACACAGAUAGCAUGUUUGGAGACAGUCGAACCUAUAUUAUUCACUACUAUCUUGCUGAUGAUACAGUGGAAGUUCGAGAGGUCCAUGAACGGAAUGAUGGGCGAGAUCCUUUCCCAGUCCUGGUGAGGCGCCAGCGCUUGCCCAAAGUCUUGGUGGAUGAUUCAAAGGACUUCCCUCGGUGUGUCUUGGAAGUUACUGAUCAAGACGUGCUAGAAUGGUUCACUGCCAAAGACUUCGCUGUGGGUCAACCUGUUACCCUACUUGGACGGACCUUUUUCAUCUAUGAUUGCGACAAAUUCACUCGAGAGUUUUGCCGGGAUAAGUUUGGGCUUCCUGAAUUCCCGGUCAUUGAUGUGAGCAAGAAGCCGCCGCCUGUCAUAAAACAGGAAUUACCUCCCUAUAAUGGUUUUGGAUUCGUCGAAGAUUCUGCUCAGAAUUGCUUUGCCCUGAUUCCAAAGACCCCCAAAAAAGAUAUUCUCAAGCUGUUGAUGGAUGAUCAAAUAGUGCUUCGAUAUAUGGCUGUGCUGGAAUCCCCUAUCCCUGAAGAUCGGGGACGGUAUUUUAUUUUCUCUUACUACUUAGCCACAGAGAUGAUCACUAUCUUUGAGCCACCAGUCAGGAAUUCUGGCUUCUUUGGGGGCAAAUACCUCGGUAAGACCAAAAUUGCCAAGCCAGGCUCCUGUGUAGACAAUCCCACCUUCUACGGACCUGGUGACUUUUAUAUCGGCGCUCUCAUUGAAGUUUUUGGCCAUAGGUUCAUCAUCCAAGAUGCAGAUGAAUAUGUUUUGAAAUUCCUGGAGAGCCAUGCAAAGGAUUAUCCCGCAUCAACAAUCCAGUCGCUCAAAAGCCAUUUCUCCAAACAGCAGCCUAUGACUCAGGAGUCUGACGGGGAACAUAUUGAGGACUCUAAAGAGACCCAGGACAUGGAAAUGCUAACAAAGAAGAUCAAGGAACGGCUCAAGGAUAGUAGCUUCUUACAGGAAGGCCCCAUGUGCGAAGCCUUCCAAAUUCUCGACAAAGAGAAAACAGGAUAUUUGGACAAAGAGAAGUUCUUUGAUGUCUGCAAAAAUUUUAACCUACCAGUUGAUGAUUGCCUUAUUAACCAGUUAAUCAGAAUGUGCACCAGUGGAGAAGGCAGAAUCGGCUACUACAACUUCGUAAAAGCUUUCUCACAGUGA